CUCCAGAGACCUGACACCGUUACACCAUGGCUGGGGUCGUCCCGAGAAACCCAAGGCGAAGCUAUUUCGUGUCGAACAGUCGGAUAGCGAGCCGGCCUCCGUUUUGCGUUCAUUAACUCGCGUCGAAGACGAGGAACGACAACAAACACGACCCAUUUUCCGGUAUCAGGCAUCGGCGAUACCCGUUCGCGAUUUUCAUACGGGCGACCAGCUGCAUUCCCCGUUUUGGCUAACGGCAACGGGGUGGAUCGUUGACCCAGGGGACUGUGGAAACUCAAGGCUGUGAUUUGGUGAAAAUAGAAGAGAGACUGAAAAUUUUACCUAAGCAUUCAAUAUGGCUUCCAGGCUUGCCGAAAUGCAGGCUCGCUUUCAACAAAAACAAAUGCAAGAACGGGAAGAAAAACUACUGAAGCUGUAUGAGAGUCAGCAGCAACGUGCUUUCGACAGGGUUGGAAGAGGUAGUGCUGGUAGUAACACAAGUAUUAACUCAACAGGGGGUGGAAAAGUAAGACAAAUGUUCGAGGAAAGGAGACAGCGGGCAGGUAUCGAUAAAAGCUAUCCCUUGGAGCCGAUUAAUGGCAAACCGUUAGUGAGAAUACCAAAUGGCAAACAACCCAUCAUCGCAAAUUCCAGAAAAACCGUACAAGCCACAGUCCAGAGGAGUGUCACCCACAUAAGAAAUGGUAAGCCGUUGAUCAACAAAAGGGAAACGGUCCAGAAAAUAUACGAUAACAACAAUGGCGUGGAAAAAAUCGAGACCAAUCAUUACAACGAGGACUUGCUGGAUCGCGCUGAUACUCUGGUGGACAUGAUGAAUAGGAAUAAUAUUUACGAUAAUCUGGACGAUGAGGAAUCCCCUCCUUUGGAAGACGUUGAAGACGACGUUUCUUUCAUGGGAAAACUGGCAAACGUUGGGGGUGUCCCACCUAGUCAAAAUAUUACUACAGCCGUUAGAACGUCACCAAUUAGGAAAGUCAAGCAAAUAACAUCAGACACAAAAAGGAGUCCUCCUGCACAGAUCGUGAGGAAAUCAAUCGUUAAAGGUGAAGCUCCUAGCCGAAGAUCAAACCCUUCUAGUCAAGCAGCAUCCAGAAGUAGCUCGAGUUCGAAUUCUUCCCCAGUCCAUACGAUAUCUAAGAUGGCAACUACAGCGAAACCCAACGCUACCUCCUCAGUCAGAAGUCCAAGCAACGCUAGACCGUCUUCCAAACAAACAACGCCGCGUCCAGCGAUGAGUGCCGUGGUCAGGGAUGAUUUGCAGGAAUGUGCCUACUGCGGAAGACGCUUCGCAACUGACAGGAUACAUAAGCACGAGGACGUAUGUGGGAAGACAGCAAAAAAGCAAAGAAAAGUGUAUGACGCCUUCAAGCACAGAGUACAGGGUACCGAAAUAGAGCAGUAUGUCGUUGGAGGAAAAAAGAAAGGGGGCAAGGCGCCGCCCAAGAAGACCCCAAUCGUUCCCAUGGGACAAUCGAAAAAAAAUUGGAGAAGAACACAUGAGGAAUUCAUAGCAACCAUAAGAGCAGCUAAAAUGGCACAGGCGCACAUAGCAAGCGGCGGGAAAUUAUCAGAUCUACCCCCACCCCCGCCGUCAUCUAACCCAGACUACGUACAGUGCCCGAGCUGUGGAAGAAGAUUCAAUGAAGCUGCCGCCCAAAGACAUAUUCCAAAGUGUGCAACUUACGAAUUCAACAAACCAAAACCUGGCGGAGCAAGGAAACGAUGAUCGUUAUAGUUGAAUGCGUUAUUGAUAUUGCUUUUUCCUAUUUUCUUGCCCAUAUAGAGUAUAUAAUGUUUUAUAUUUUUCAAAUAAAUCUAAUAUAUUUAAUUCACAAAUUGUUAACUGGGAAUGGUUGAAAAAAAUGAAAUGUCUAAUCUCAUUAAACAUUGAAGAGCA